GUUCAGCAUGCAUUUGGUGGCGGACCAAGCUGUGUGGUGGAAACAUGAGCUUGUGUUUUACAUUUACAUUUUUACUGGUUUUCAUACCAGGCGCCUUCACAAAAGUGGAUAAAGGCCUGUGGAUGGAUAUAGAAUUCACUGCGGAUGAUGUUCACCAGAUUCACUCUCCGGAUGUCUACCACUGUCAACUUGCCUGCACCCAGCACCAUUCCUGUCUUUUCUUUACAUUUUUUCACCUUGACUGGAAGGAACACAAUAGACAGUUUCAUUGCUACCUGAAAAACACAGCAUCUGGGUUACCAACAGCUUUCAAAGAGCUGAAAGGAGUAACUUCAGGAUUCUCACUCAGUCGUAAAGACUACAAACCAAAUGUCUGCUUGUCCAACGUGUAUGAGAAUGUGGAUUUUGCUGGCUCAGAUUAUGAUAGAUCACAAGCCAACACUUUCGAAGAGUGCCAGAGUGCCUGCACAAAUGACUUGCGCUGUCAGUUUUACACAUUUGUGACAUCAGUAUUUACAGUGAAUCCACAGCUUCGCAACUCAUGCUUUCUUAAACACAACUGGGUUCUUCCGUUACCUCCAAUCAUCAAAUCCACACAUGGUGCUGUGUCUGGAUUUUCAGGCAAAGCUAUAUUUAAAGCGCAAGGUCCUAAAACAAAUGCAUGCAAGGAUCAGAUUCGAGUCAAUACUGACUUUCCAGGGGAUGGCUUUGAGAUGAUCCCUGCCGUGUCACCUCAGCACUGUCAGUUCCUGUGCACCGAACAUCCCAAAUGCACCCAUUUCUCAUACUCUUCUGCCAAAGCUUUAACAAGUGAUACAUGGUUUCAUAUGCGUUGCUUCCUGAAACAUAAAUCUCAGUUAAAUGAGAAGGAUGCAGUCACGAAAGAAGAAGUGUAUUUUGGACAGCCGAGUUGUGAGCCUUCGAAUGAUUGGGCAACUAGGAAGUACGAAAAUGUAGAUUUUUUGGGGAGUGACAACCGCAAUGUUGAGACGAAUGAUCCUGAAUCUUGUCAAGAUAUUUGCACAUCUGACCCAGACUGCCAAUUCUUCACUUAUUUUCGUCCUUCAUACCAAGAAGAGAACAAGAGGUGGAAGUGUUAUUUAAAGCAGGUUAUCACCCUACCCCUGCCACCUCUUGUGAUGGCUUUGCAAGGUGUGAUAUCUGGAUUUCCAUUGAGAAACUGUAAGAGUGUUGCUGAAGGGGGGUCAACAGAAGUCACUGAUACAGUAAAGUGUAAAGCACAUAAUGUCAGACCCAGGGUAUUUGGAGGUGUUGAUGCUAAAUCAGGUAAAUGGCCCUGGCAGGUUAGUCUGCAAAAGUGGGGAAACCAUUUUUGUGGUGGAUCCAUCAUCGGAGAAAAAUGGGUUCUCACCGCAGCACACUGUUUCAAGUUUCCCAACAUACAGAUAUCAGUUUCAGCUGGAUUAACCAAACUAUCUGAAGCUGGGGUCAAAUAUGAUGUGGAACAGGUCAUUACGCAUCCUGGAUAUGAUGACAGCACUCUGGAAAAUGAUAUUACCUUGUUGAAGCUGAAGACACCAAUUACAUUCUCAGAUCAUAUUGCUCCAGUAUGCCUUGUUGAAAGGGCAAUUGAAGUAGGAUUCCUUGGAAAGAAGUGCAGUGUGACCGGGUGGGGAAAGCUGAGCACAGGUUGGUUCCCAGAUGUUCUCCAGGAAGCUCAGGUGCCUCUUAUUGGUUCAGAUUCAUGUAAAGUCAUGCUGCCAGUUGAAGGGUCACGACCCCAAAAAAUUCUCAAAACCAACUUGUGCGCUGGGUACCCUCAGGGUGGCAUUGAUACUUGUCAAGGUGAUUCUGGAGGUCCACUUGUGUGUGAGGUUGAUAACACAUGGUACCUCACUGGGAUCACAAGCUGGGGAUUGGGCUGUGCAGAAGCUAACAAACCAGGAGUUUACACUCGUGUUUCUUACUAUCUUGACUGGAUUAAACGCACAAUGGCCAAGUGACAAAGAAACAAAAGGAUUAGCAUUAAUGGCAUAACUGCUGUUCAUUAGUUUAACUAGUACUGUCAGUUGCAGUUGAAAGGUCAUCUCCAUUUUUCUUUCUAAAAUCAAAACGGUGAGGACAUUCCCACUAUAGACACAAGCAUAGUUUAAUAUCCUAUUGAAUCCCAUUAACCAUAUCAUACUGUAUCAUUCAUGUAGCUUUAUCCUGCAGAUAAUAUCUGAAUAUUCACAGGUGACUUUAUCUAUAAAUAUAAUUUGACUAUUUGGAAAACAAAUUACCCUACUUAAAAUUACACUGAAAAAACAAAUGUAUACGUAAUUUCAAGAUCUAACCAGUAGAGGGAAAUGUCACAUCCGUGAGGUACAGUAUUUGUUGAUACUCAAUACAGAGAGGAUGAAACCAGAGCCUCUUUUCAAGGGGAGUCUUAAAACUCUGUAAAAAAUGCAUAAUGUGAAAGGAAAUAAAAUGCUUUUGUGUGCAA